CACUGGCAACCUUCGCUCUCGCCUGGACUUCCCUGGGCGAGAGCGGGCAGGCGAUGCGGGUACGUAUAUAAGGAGGCACCGUCAAUGAACGCUCACAGAACAGCUUCCAGUUGAAGUUCAAGAUGGCUCGUAACGUGGCAGUGACUUCCCUCCUCGUGGCUCUGUGCCUCAUUGCAGCGGUUGCUGGACACAGCAGGUACGGCAUUGGCGGAUACGGCGGUGGAGUGCUCGGUGGUGUCCACGGAGGCGUCCACGGAGGUGUCCUUGGUGGUGUUCACGGCGGUGCCCUCGGAGGCGUCCAUGGAGGAGGCGUCCAUGGCUUAGGACUCGUAGGCUCUGGCAUCCACGGCGCCGGAUCCUUCAACACCGCUCAUUACCCUGGUCUUGUGCCUGGUCACAGCUUCUACGACCAAAGACCCGUGCUCGGAUACAACAGCUGCAAGUACUGGUGCAAGAGUCAUUACACCAACAAGUACUACUGCUGCCAACAACCUUACCAGGGAUAGACUCAAAAUUCUUCAAUGAAAAGUAUUUAUUUGAUCUGCUAUUUAAUCACAUGAUUUAUGGUUCGAGAAUAAAAUUUAUUUUCACGAC